GGACCAAUCACAAUCGUAAAGGUAUGAAACAUUUCAUUUCACCCCUUCUUUUUUGUACCGUCCUUGAAGUUGAAAGAAGUUGAACAACGUGACUACUACUAUUGUCGAGUAGCGUAGCGUAGCGAGGGUUUGGGUUUUUGGGUUUAACCUUCCUUCCUUCUUCUCCUUCUUCACACUGAUUUCACACUCUUCCCUCUUCUUCUUCUAGGUUUGUAUCGUAGAAAGUCGUUGUUUUCAAAAUGAUGCAUUCUAUUGUAAAAGGUGGUUGGAGGCCAACAUUUGCUCUUGCCAAGCAAAAUGAUUCUGAAGGGAGAAAGACUCGGAUUCGACGCUCUAAAGAGGAACGAAAGACAAUGAUCCAAUCUUUCAUUCAAAAGUACCAAGAGUCAAACAGUGGAAACUUUCCAUCAAUUACUCUUACACAUAAAGAAGUCGGUGGCUCUUUCUACACUGUAAGGGAGAUUGUACGGGAUAUAAUUCAAGAAAAUAGAGUGCUGGGUCCUGCUAAAUUCAACUUGGAGGAGUUCAACACUGAUCAAUUUUUAGAACAAAACCCAUUGGGUUCAAUUGCAAGUGGCCCUGAACAUUUUCUCGGUGCACCUUCAAAUGAAGGCCAUCCUGAACUCAAGAAAGUUCCAGAUACAAAUGGCCCACUGCUUUCUGUUUCUUAUAAGCAUUAUACUGAAGCUGAGCCUCAGGUGGUUGAUGAUGGGCAUGUCAUAGAUGUUGGCCAUGUAGAUUUGACUAACAAGGAAGCGAUUGAAGCCACUGUUGUGUCUGAUGGGAGUUAUACUGAAACUGAGCAUCAGGUGGUUGACUAUGGGCAUGUAGUAAAUGGUAGCCAUGUCUACAUGACAAACAACAAAUCUGCUGAAGCUUCUGUUGUUUCUGAUGGGCAUUAUACUGGAACCGAGCUCAAGGUUGUUGACAAAGGGCGCAACAUAGAUGCUAGCGAGGUAGACGUGACAAAAAAGGAAUCUGUUGAAGCUUCUGUUGUUUCUGAUGAGCAUUAUUAUACUGAAGCUGAGCUUGAGAUUGUUGACAAAGGGCACGGCAUCGAUGGCAGCGCGGUAGAUGUGAUAAACAAGGAACCCAUUGAAGCUACUAUACCCAAGAUGCAGGUAAGUAAGCCCACGGAACCCAAACUGAAUGUCGAACAAGAGUUGGCAGCUAUCACAGUACCAUUAGCUAAAGUAAACGCUCUGACCAAAGACUUGAUAGUAGAGACAUUUCCGUUAAGAUCUGUUGCUAGGAAUAGCAAUGGAAUAGAAGGUUCAGGAGAAUUGAGGGACUCUGGUAAUUCCCAAGAGAAGGAUAUAAAGAAGUUGGCAAUUGUAGAUGACAUGAAGUCUGAGUUAAAUGAUAUAAAGUCCGCAGAUAAUUCUCAUUUACUGAAUGAGAAAUUUGAGAGUCCCCUUGGAAACAAAAAGUUAAAGGAAAUCUCCAACCCUAGGCAUGAUACAGAAAGUGCAAAUCAUUCUACCCACAAAGAACAAGUCAGUGCAUCUCAUCAGAAAGCUACAACUUUUGAAACCAAUAACCAAAUUCAGAUUGAAGAUGAAGCUAAGACUAAUAUUCACGGUGAAGACCUGCAUGAAGCUGAUAAAUAUAGGCUUGAUGGUCAGCUUGGUGGCAGUUCCCAGAGGAGAAUCAACACAACUGUAGAUAGGAUCAAUCUAGAGUCAUGGGAUGGAAGAUCCAAGAAUUCUGCAAAAAAGGAAUCCAUUCCUCUUUUCGCUCUACUGAAAGCCAUUGUCAAUGCCUUUGGGAAACUUUUGUCAGAAUGAUUGUAGUACUUGUUUCUUUUUCUUUUCUACUACGCUAUUACCUACGCUGAAUGUGGAGUUCAUGUUUUGUGCCUGCUGAAGAAUAACUUUCACAUAGUCAAUGUACUCACCCCCUCCCCCUUUCUAAAAUUUUAGAUUGUUGUGAUCUUGUUUUGAUUGACUUGAUUGUGUGGUAUGACUAUGAGGGUAGGGAUCCUCUCUAGUUAAAAGAAAUUGAGAACUAUAUAUUUUUUA